UCUUCAACCUUUGGUACCGUGUCAGUUGGACCAUCUUAAACUAUACUACUCUUUGUAGUCUUUCUACCUCUCCAGAAUUCCCAAUGGCACUGCAAAGAGCUCUGGUCACCUCUAAAUGGCUCGCAGGAACCUUAAAGGCGCACGGGAAAAUGCGCAUCUUGGACAGCUCCUGGUAUUUGCCCAAAUUACGGCGCAACGCGAAGAGCGAGUUUAAGAAGAAGCACAUUCCUGGAGCAGCUUUCUUUGACAUAGACCAAUGCUGUGAUAAAACUUCUCCUUUGGACCACAUGCUUCCGUCAGAGAAGAGUUUUGCGGAUUAUGUUGGAAAACUGGGAAUAGAAAGUGAUACGCAUGUGGUGGUGUAUGACGCCAGUGAAUUCGGCGCGUUCUCUGCGCCGCGCGUGUGGUGGAUGUUCCGGGUGUUCGGCCACAGAUCGGUGUCGGUCCUGAACGGCGGUCUGAGGAACUGGGAGCUGGAGGGUCAACCUACGAGUGACCAGUACACCAGACCUGCACCCAGCGAGUUCAAGGCCUCCUUAAACCGCUCCUGGAUCAAGACCUAUGAGGACAUCCUGGACAACCUGGACACCAAGAAGUUCCAGGUGGUGGAUGCGAGGCCCACAGGCAGAUUCCGAGGACUGGACCCGGAACCCAGAGACAACACAGAACCAGGCCACAUCCCCGGUUCCAUCAGCAUUCCCUUCCACUCCUUCCUCUCCCAGUCUGGCCACUUUCUGCCCAAAGAACGUCUCCAGGCUCUGUUCUUGGAGGCCGGUGUGGACCUCAACCGGCCCAUUUGCGUCCUGUGCGGCUCAGCUGUGACCGCUUGUCAUGUGGCCCUGGCGGCCCACGAGUGCGGUCACCAGGGGGUUUCGGUGUACGACGGCGGCUGGUCCGAGUGGUAUACCCGCGCCGUGCCAGAGAAUGUCAUAUCUGAAGGACGAGGGAAACAUUUAUGAAUGGAAAGAAGAAGGAGGAGGCUGUGUCAGAAGGGACUGGAUGACAUGUAAAGAAGCAUUAUGGUCAUUAUUUCAGAAAGUCUACAAAGGCUUAAAAAAGAAAUCCAACCAUGGAUCACUGAGGAACAUGUUUUCAAUCCAGACGCAUAAAAAGAUCUCACUGAAAAGGGCAUUUUUCUGUAAACACUGAACUUAACUUUUUAAUCAUCUGUGAAACUGUCUGUUUACUAUGUUUAUUAUAAUGUCAGAAUAAAGUAGAACUGCACUUUAAA